CUCACUUCGAUCCCUUUCCUUUCAACAUAAAAUCUGUUGUUUUAAAUUUGUGGUGCAAUAUAUAUAUAUAUAUGCUAUAGUCAAUAUUAAUUGAUAUGAACAGCAAAAGUAAUAGGACUCCUACGAGUAGUAAUUCACCUGAAAAGCUGGAUAGGAAGACGGUGGAGAGGAAUCGGAGGAUACAUAUGAAAGGCCUCUGCUUCAAGCUCACCUCUCUCGUCCCUCCCCACCAUUUUCAACCCUCCAAGGACAUGUUAUCACAGCAAGAGCAGCUGGACCAGGUGGCCACGUACGUAAAGCAAUUGAAAGAGAGAGUCGAUGAGUUGAAGGCAAGGAAGGCAAUAGCAAUGGGCAACAACAACAAUGUCACCGGAACCAAAAACCAUAACAAGGAAACGUCGUCGUCGAUGUCCGAAUAUUUCAGAUCACCGGUGUUUGAGUUGCGAGAUUUGGGUUCGAGUUUAGAAGUAAACCUAGUAACAGGUUUGGAGAAGAACUUCAAGCUUUGUGAAGUCAUUGGUAUUUUACACGAGGAAGGAACUGAAGUUGUGAGUGCUGUCUUUUCUACAUUCGGGGAUAGGGUUUUCCACACCCUCCAUGCUCAGGUGAGAGUUUCUAGAGUUGGUGUGGAGACUUCAAGGGUAUGCCAGAGAUUGCAGGAAUUGGUUUGCUCAUGAUUAUUUUCUUCCCCUUUUCAAGUUUUUGGGAAGAUUUUCUGUAGCCGUAGGAGCAUGGUGUUAGUUGUUCUCAUGCCCUGUUAGUUGAAAGUAUUGAUUAGUAUUAGAAAGUGUGACAGAAGC